AUGGAGAAAUCAAAACCAGCAAGCUGCUCUAUGUCGCCAUUGCGGCACUCCCCAACGGUAAAGCAAUGCGCAACAACUGACCACAUCAAACAACUCACCGAACAGUUCGAUUUGUUAAGUAAGAUAGCGUCAUUUGAAGGACUCGAUAUCGAUGGCGCCCUUCAGCAUGUACCGUAUGUCGAAAGAAUGCAUAAUCUAAUUCUUUCUGCCCCCAGCUAUAUCACAGCGACUGUACCAUGCGGCAUGUCGCACAUCGUCCCGAAGCCUCACCAAUCGCAAAGACAAAUGCAAUCUUCCGUAGCGACGCAGUCGUCAACGAAGCUAAUUGUACUUGAUAGCUCCUGGCAUGGUCGGGAUACGGGGUUCGUGACGGAAUCCUUAACGGGUUCAGAUUCGGACCAUGCAGCGUCGCAUGGCCAUAGCGAAUCUGACCGAAGCUUGCAGUGUCCUGACUGUGGGUACAAGACCAGAUACCGUGGCCAUCUCAAUUGCCAUAUGCAGAGCCACAGCGGGGGCGUCCAAAUAGAAAUGCUUGACAGCAGCGAAGUGUCCUGGCUUGGAGGUUCUACCACGCUUUCUAUGUUAGGCGUCCCUGGAGACGUCCGAUACACGUGCACUCAAUGCGAUUACUCCACCGCCAGCAUUCACUAUCUCGAGAAGCAUAUGCGAAGACAUAUUGAUCGCAACCUGCAAUGCCCCUUUUGUAGCUACGUAAGCAAACAACGGGGUCAUCUUAAUCAGCACAUCAAAUGUCACACUGAAGACAAACUACAGUGUUCUUACUGCGAUUUCAGGACUCAUUGGAAAAGUAACCUUGUCCGACACGUCACGAAACAUCAUCCACAUGCUCACGCCAUCGUGCUUGACGGUCACGACGACAACAAUAUCUGCUGA